GGCGCUUCCCUGGCCGAGCCAUGUCUGCGGCUUCCCCGCCAUGCUGAGCCUAGCGGGGAGCGGGAGGACUGGCGGCCGGGAGGCGCACAAAAUGAAGACCCUGAUGCGCCACGGGCUGGCCGUCUGCCUGGCUCUCACCACCAUGUGCACCAGCUUGUUGCUCAUGUACGGCGGCAUCGGCAUCGGCGGGGGCCACCCGGAGGCGCGGCGGCGGCAGCAGCAGGUGGCGGCGGUGCCCAGCCGCCCACCGGAACGCGGCCAGCGCCACCCAGCUCUGCCCGUCGGGGCCGGCCUCCUGGAGGGCUACAUCAGCGUCCUGGAGCACAAGCCGUUAAAGAUGCACUGCAAGAGCUGCGCGCUGGUCACCAGCUCAGGACACCUCCUGGGGAGCAGCCAAGGGGACAGAAUCGACGAGAGCGAGUGCGUCAUACGCAUGAACGAUGCCCCCACUCGGGGAUAUGGAAAAGACGUUGGGAACAAAACAAGCCUCCGAGUCAUUGCACACUCCAGCAUUCAGAGGAUUUUGAGAAAUCGCAACGAACUCUUAAACAUGAGCCAUGGUGCUGUGUUCAUCUUCUGGGGCCCGAGCAGCUACAUGAGGAGAGACGGCAAAGGCUUGGUGUACAACAACCUGCAGCUGAUGAACCAGAUACUGCCUCAGUUAAAAGUGUAUAUGAUUUCUCGCCACAAGAUGCUUCAAUUUGAUGACCUUUUUAAACGGGAGACUGGAAAAGACAGGAAGAUAUCCAACACUUGGCUUAGCACGGGCUGGUUCACAAUGACUAUCGCAUUAGAGCUCUGUGACAGGAUAAAUGUUUAUGGCAUGGUGCCACCGGAUUUCUGCAGGGAUCCUAAUCAUCUUUCUGUACCUUAUCACUACUAUGAACCUCUGGGACCAGACGAGUGCACAAUGUACAUUUCCCAUGAGCGGGGCCGCAAGGGCAGCCACCACCGCUUCAUCACCGAGAAACGCGUCUUCGAGAACUGGGCACGGACAUUCGACAUCCACUUCUUCCAGCCAGACUGGAAACCAGAACCACUCACUGUAACCCACCCUGAGGUGAAACCACUGGCCUGA